AUGAGUGAAUACUGGGUCUCGCACAAGAAGUACUUCUGUAAGUACUGCAACAUCUACAUAGCAGACGAUGCGCCCUCUCGAAAACAGCAUGAAAGCGGCCUGCGACACAAAGGCAACGUGGAACGUUUUGUGAGAGGAUUGUACAAGGAGGGGGAGAGACGGAAGCAGGACCGGGAAGAAGAGAAGCGGGAUAUGGCACGUAUAGAACAGGCUGCGAAUGCCGCAUUUGCGAGGGACGUGGGCGCUGGUUUGGUCAGGCCGGGCAGUGGCAGUAGUACGCCGGUGGCCUCGGGCUCUGCCACGACACGUCAGCCCGAAAAGAAACCCUCGAACCCAUACGCCAACUACUCCACGGCAGAGUCUCUCGGAUAUACAGACCCGGAUGCGGAGAGACUCGAGGCCGAGGCAGCGCGCCGCAGGACACAAGGUGUCGCAGGAGACUGGGAGGUUGUGACCGUAGCGGAAUCUUCGACGGCCACAGAGAGAGAUGCCCCCGCAACUUUGCCCAACGGUGAAUUGGGGAAGAAGAGAGAAGCGGAGCAACCCCUGGAUGAGGACGAUACUAGGCGAUUCAAGCUUCGUCGGAAGACUCUGGGGGCUGGGCUCGGAGAGAUCUACGACCCUGGGUUCAUUCCAAUCAAGAUCAAGAAAAAGGAAGAGUCUGUAGAUAUACUGUUGUCACCUUCCGACGAUGGGCAAAAUGCUGCUACGGGCUCGGGGGCGACUGCGUUGCCGAAAUGGUCGAGCAGAGGCUGGAAGAAGCCGGGCGAGAGCAGUGCAGAGACCACGGUAGAAAUGAAUGGGGAGCAGGAGGAACCAGGACAAGCAGAGGCAGCACUUCAGGAUCCUGGGCCUCAGAUUAUUGAGGACAAAGCAAGCGCACCAACCACCGCCGAGAUACCUAGCCUCAAGGAAGAAACCGCAGCCGUGAAAGAAGAGGAUGCAGCGGUGAAGACUGAGGUGCCUCCAGAAGCCAUUCCAGCUCCUGGGGGUGGUCUUUUCCGCAAACGCAAACUGCCUGCUGGAGGAGUAGGAGGCAGAGGCAGACGUUAA